AUCAACAAAGUUACCCUCUUGGGUCGAGUGGGCAGAGAUUCGGAGGUCCGGGGCUCGGAGUUGAACCCGGUAACUGUGUUUCCACUGGCAACUUCUUACACUUUGAGGACCAAAGAUGGAGAUUAUGUCCAGAAAACAGAGUGGCAUAGAAUCAGUGUUUUCAGACCUGUUUUAAAAGAUAUUGUUGCCCAAACUGUCAAGAAAGGGGAUAGAGUGUAUGUAACAGGUAGCAUAAACUACAGCCAGUUUGUUGAUAAGAAUAAUGCCACUCAAAGAAUUGCUAGUAUUAUUGCCGGUAAUAGUAGUAUCUUAUCCAUUUUUUCUUAA